AUGAGAACUACAGCCUUUGAAGGUUUAUCAACGCGAGAGGAAAUGUCACUUCAAUUCUCUUUAAUGGAUUCAAAGGAUGUUCCCACAGAGUUGUUAUCUUGGAUACACCAGAUUUCCCGAUUGAACCUAUGGCAAGAGGCUUUACACUUCCUCAAAUUACCAAUAUCGGAAUCCGUACAGACACUAUCACAAGUAAAAAGUAGUGAAACAGGAGUUUUAACUAAUUCUUCUAGCUCUACUUCUAUUAUGUGUGAGUUAUUAAUUAGCACAUUUCUAUACUAUGGUCAUGGAGAAAGUGCUUUUCUGCUUUGGCGAAAGAGUUCUACUGUCUUUAACUUUGCACCUCCACCUAUGUUAAUGAUGAAACUUGCCGUGUAUGCUAUUCUUGUAGAUGAACAGGCACAAGAAGCCCUUGAUCUUGCAUCCAUGGUUUCCCUACAAACUGAUAGUAUGAAGAAGAGUGAAAAAACUCUUUUGAAGUGUUUUGAGUUAUGGAUUAAAUUCUACAUUACAUUUUUAAAUUUGAAAAAGUCAGUACUGCGAGAGGGAGAAUUUAAGUUAGAUAAUUCUGCUGAAGAAGUAUUUCUAAAGUUAUUAUGCCUUGCAUGUAGUCCUUCCUCAGAAGACACUGGAGAAUUGCCAGUUAAAAAAGGACCACACCUUGCUUUGCAUGCGGUUUUACUAUUAAUUUCCCUUGAGGGAGGAAAAGAGGAAUUACAAAGGGUAAUGCCUUUAUUAUCGGACGAUAAAUGUACUUUCCAAUGUCUCCAACAGGUUGCAAAUAUUUUACUAGACAAUUUUAUUAAAUCUAAACCUCAUGAAUUGUUUCUUCCCAAUACCUUUAUCUUCUUACUUGAACACUUAUUCCCUAUUCCAUUGGAUUGUUGUUUGAAAAAUGGCAAACCUGUGUUAUCUGGGUUACCUGUUUAUCAGUGUUUUUUUGAUGAAAAUAAUAAAACCCAGUUUAAAGAAGAAGAGGGAGAAGAAAAGAAAAAGAAGAAAAGGAAGAAUGUAUCCUUUCCUUCCUCUACUAUACAUUCAACAGUUGGGUUUGUAUUGUUAAAACGUUUACAAGAGCAUUCUCUUUUAAGGCCAUUUAUCUAUUCUAUCGUUUCGUAUGAUAUUGUGAGGACCAAUUCAUCCCUCCUAAUACAUGUAAUGAAGACUCCUGUAAAUUUUGAUACUAAUAAAGAAAUUUCCCAAAAUGUUGGUCAACAAUUACUUUCGAUUGUAAAGGAAGUUAUUAAACAUAAUUUUCAAACUGAAAAACAUCCAUUAUUAAUAUUGGGGUAUAUUUCUCGUAUUCUCGCACCAUUUCUUAAUUAUGGAUCGCAGAAGCGUCAAGAUAAUCCGCAAGUUACUGAAAGCUCUCUUCUUGUAAAUGAGAAUUUCUAUAUUUAUCUACUUAUCAGCCUUGUUGAGAUAGUCCAUGGUAGUGAUGUUAAGGCGUGGCAACGACUUGUGGAAGUUGUAACUAAUAUUAUUGUGAAAAAAAAAGAAACCGGACUUCAGACUCUUUUACCACUCUCUAUACGUAUGCAACUUCAUUUGCGUUGGUGGCUUCCAAACUUACUUACAUUAACAGAUACAACGCGUGAGGGAUUUAUUUUUAUGAAGUUAAAGAAACCUUUAUUUUUGGAAUCCACAAAAGAAUGGGAUUCUAUUGUGUGUGGAAUUUUAUGGAAUCUUAGUGAAAAAGAGAUUUAUAGUAAAGAUACAAAAAAUAUUGGCUGGAUACAAAGUAAUUCUGAUAUCUCAAAAAAAGAACAAAAUAUAUUUUUAAACUAUACUACAAACGAAUUAAACAUGAUAUUGAAUGUUGAGCGUUUGUUGGUGCAGCGAUUUAUACGAUGGGAGUGGCUCUUGAAAGGUAUUUGGGAAUUUGUACAUGAAAGUAAUAUAGAUAGACAUUAUACUCUAUGGGAAAACCUUCUUAGAGUUUGCUCUAGUACAUUGGAAAGAUGUCGAUUAUUUCACCGCAAUGAUAUCGCAAGAGACUUGAUGGAAGUUCUCUUUUUUCCUGCAAAACCUUUUUUAGCAUCAAAUUCAAUAUGUGAUAAAAGUAUUUGUAUCGAUAAUAAGAAAGAUAAUAAUUAUAAUAAUAGUAGAGGAAUAAACGGGAAUAGUGUGAACAGUACAAUGGCUAUGUUACUCUUUGCAGGUAUAAUAGAUAAUUCAACACGUAUCACUUUAUUGAUGGAAUGGCGAUGGCGUUUUUUUGAUGAAAUAUUUCGAUGGCUUUUUGCUUUUCAGGCCUGGGAUAGAAUUCAAGAAGUACAAUAUUGGCCUCCUAGCCAUUUACAUAGUACUCAUCAAUGUUUUUUAUCACUACAGUGGUAUUUGGAGGAUCUUAACAGAGGUAUGAGUAAAAAUAAAACGAUAGGUAGUAGUGAACAAAAACGUGUGCGUGAUCUCUUUGAUUGGUAUGAAAGUGUUGCUUGUAUGGAUGUUUCACUACGAAUCCCACAAAUUCUUCUUCCAUUGGCUCGUGCUCUACAACGAGGCAAACUCCUUAAUUGUUUGAGUACACUACUACGGAAUACUUUUAAUGACUUAAAUACCAAGUUUCAUCAACCAAGGAACGCAUCAAUGUCAAGGAAAGUAAAAGAUGGAUUAAUAUUUUUAUGUGUUCAGUAUAAUGUAAAUGUGGCUUGUAUGAAAAGAGAUGAUACCGCAGAUGUCACUGCAGAACUUUCUCAUUCUGCUUAUGAGAAUGCACAACGUACAAUAGCGGCUUUGGUAGAAGUGUAUAUUCUGACCCUUUGGGAAAAUAAUUAUUUUUCAGAAGUUAAAACGAUGCUGUUGAAACCUAUUUCAUUUAAUCCUGACUCAAGAGACUCGCAAGUAUCAUCAUUAAUUUCAUAUCCUGAAAAAACAAAGGAAAUGAUCUCCUUAUUUAACUGUGAUGAUAUUGCGUUUCUUUUACCAGUAUCAGAACGUGAGGCAAUGCGAUUACUACUUAUUCUUACACUUGCACAACACUAUGAUGAAAGUUCUCUUUCAAUUUUAUUUCGACAACUCCCUCGAUUUAAAGCAGAUCCUACUCUUGUUAUUGCCAAUAUCCAACGUCUUGUGAAUCAAGAACCGCAUCUCUUUACUCCUUUUGCGGAUACUGCUCAAAAAUUAUCCAUGGGAACAAUACGAUUACGUGAAGCAUGUACAACUAUUGCUCUUCAGUAUAGAAAAAAAGAGGAACAAGGAAAAAUAAUGGAUUUAAAGAAUGGAAAAGAAGAAGCUCCCAUACAUAAUAUGAGAGAUUUAAACCGUUGUAUUGAUAAUUGUAAUUGGGAAUUGGCACUUGAGGCCAUUCCACGUAUAGUUGCAGAACCUCUUCAUGCAGCACGUAAAGGAUUACUGGCAUGUGAAAAAGCACCAAAAGGUAUGGCCUGGGAAGGUGCGAUGCGUAUCUUUAUGAACUCUAACCACACAUGGGAGAAACAUCAAUCUCAGAAUACAAAAAAAACUUCCUCAUCCUCUUCUUCCUUUUCCUUUACAGUGGGGAUUCAAGAACUCGGACGGAUAAUGACACUACUUGCAAAUGCAAAACGUUGGCGUGAAGCCUUACAAAUAUUUGAAUCCCUUACUCCUUCCGCUAUAGAUGGAUACAUCUUUUCUCAAACCUGUUUCGCCUUAUGUAGUGGUGGACAUCCUGAAUUGGGUGUUGAUGUGUGGGCAAAGUGGCGAGCUGCGGUGGGAGAUGCGGUGGAGCCAACAGCGCAGAUGUGCGGACACUUUUUACGUUGUGGAGUGACAGGAGACACCGCAAUGGCAGAUGCCGCUUGUCUAAUGUUAAAAGAAAGCGUCACGAAGAGAGGGAGUUUAUGUAAAGAGAAGGGGGAGGAGGAAAAAGAUAAGAAGAAGAAGAAUAAGAAUAAGAAAAAUAUUGUACCAGGUACAGAUCUACCGCUUUCUCUAGAAAAGGAGGAAAGAAAUAUUAUUACACUACUCCGUGAUCGUUGGCAUGAAAGUUGGCAGAAGGCCUUACAACUCGCCCUUGUAAGUGGACGACCACGUAUAAUUGAAGCUGUUUCGUGGAGAACUCCCAGUAAUUAUCAUUUAUAUAAGGCUUUCAUGCAGGAUGCCGCUCAAAAGGGUCGUCAUCUUUCUUUAGAGGAACGUAGCGCCAUCGCAGGGCAUUUAGAUAUUAAGACGGCUUUGGAAACUGAAAAGAGUACUAAUGGUGCCAGCAAAGAUCGCACUGUUCGCGUUCUGCAGGAAAUCCUCGGUGAAGAGAAUGAUGAUAAUAAUGAUAAUAAAAAUAAUGAUACUGAUGUUGAUAACGGUGGUGAUAAUACUAAUCAACGUCAAGGAGAUUAG